CAUCUGACUACAGAGUGUGUUGCGCUCGUGCCUGCGUUCAACAGGAGUCAGGAGACAACCACGCGCCUUUAAGAACUUAUAAGCGAUUUAUGUAUCGAUAGAGAAGACUAGAGAAUUUGUCAGUCUGUCCAUUUGGCAUCGAUUCCCACCAAAUCGACAAUUUCUAAGUGACAUGUUGCCGUUAUCCGCUUGAGCAAAGGAUUCUCUCGCGCGCAUUUGGAACAGUGUGCAUCACGCGCGGUCUCCAGUCCACUUCAGAUAUUGUGUAUCAGAAGAUUUCUGCACAUUUUCGCCAUGGAACCUCCAAAAAACGGAUCUAACCUAACGGGGAACUUUACAAACCAGUUUGUGCAGCCGCCGUGGCGCGUCGCGCUCUGGUCUGUGGCGUACAGCUCCAUCCUAGCGAUCGCGGUGUUCGGGAAUCUGAUCGUCAUGUGGAUCAUUCUGGCUCACAAGCGGAUGCGAACCGUAACCAAUUAUUUUCUGCUCAACCUGGCGUUUUCAGACGCAUCGAUGGCCGCCUUCAACACUUUGAUUAAUUUUGUUUAUGCCGCGCACAAUGAUUGGUAUUUUGGAGAAGCCUACUGCAAAUUCCACAACUUUUUCCCCGUCACCUCCGUGUUUGCAAGCAUUUACUCCAUGAGUGCAAUAGCAGUCGACAGGUACAUGGCCAUCAUCCAUCCCCUGAAACCACGUCUCUCAGCCACAGUCACUAAGGUGAUCAUUGUGUGUAUUUGGUUGCUGGCUGUGGUUUUGGCCUUUCCAGUGUGUUUCUUUUCAACCAUCAAAAAAUUUCGCAUACGGACCGUCUGUUACAUUGCCUGGCCGAGACUUUCAGAGGACCCUUUCAUCUAUCAUAUAAUCUUGGCAAUGCUGGUGUACGUUCUGCCCCUGGUGGUCAUGGGCAUUACCUACACUAUUGUCGGGUUGACGCUUUGGGGAGGAGAGAUUCCGGGUGUUUCAUCAGAAAACUAUCAGAGCCAACUGCGAGCCAAAAGAAAGGUGGUGAAAAUGAUGAUCAUCGUUGUGGUGACUUUUGCGAUCUGCUGGCUGCCAUACCAUGUGUAUUUCCUGGCUACGGGAUGGAACAAGGAACUGCUUAGACCGAAGUUCAUUCAGCAGAUCUAUCUGUCAGUUAUGUGGCUUGCCAUGAGCCCCACAAUGUACAAUCCCAUUAUUUACUGCUGCCUGAACAGCAGGUUUCGGGCCGGCUUUAAACAGGUUUUCCGCUGGUGCCCGUUUGUGAGGGUUUCUGACAACGACGAGCUUGAGCUGCGGGCCAUGCGGCAUAAAGUAGCGCGCCAGAGCAGCAUGUACACACUCUCACGAAUGGAGACCACCGUUGUCGCUGUGUGUGACCCCUCAGAGCCAACCGCCCACCCAGGCCGGAAGAGCCUUCUCAACCACCAGCACAACGGCUGCUCCAACCCAGCCAAGAGCAAAGAAGUAACCUAUAUGCAAAGUGACCCGAAGGAGGAAUUCUGUUGAGGUGAACUUUUGAUGUAAGAUUCACACUGAAGUAUCAAGCACAGCCAUUUUAAUGAACCUCAUUGCAAGGGAUGAUGAGAAGUCAUAUCUUUAAUUAAAUUUGCUAAUGUAUUACACUCACUCAACCAGCAUCCUCAUAUAGUCAUUUUUUAAGAACUGUAUUUCAUGGAACAUGCCUGGUGUGCUUUGCCUUGAAAACUUGAGAGUCGCCCCCAGCUCUCAUCAUCACAAAGACCAAUAUUGUCCAACAUCUGAGGAGCACUUUGUCCAUACCAGAAAUUGUAGCUAGAGGUUCCCUUUGAUGCCUAUCAGGUAGUCUACUGUUUUCUUUCAUCAUGUGGUUAGCAUGCUACAUGAAUGCCAAAGGUCCGAUGUGAUUUCUCCCUGAGGCUAAACGCUCAAUUCUUGUUAAAAUUUCUCAUGUCUGAAAUGGUUUAUCCUGAGCAGUCUGAGUAGGUGCAUUUCCAGCACAAUGUCAACUUGGCUGAAUUGUGAAGUAAAAUUAAAACAUUGGUUACACUUUAUUAGAAGGUGACGUAGUUACAUUGUACUUACUGAACU